UUCUUUUUAUAUAUAUAUAUAUAUAUAUAAAAGACAAUGUAUAACCUGAUGGCCAAAUCAGAUCCGUUCAUCAGCGACGACCAAACGAUGUGCAGUCUAGAGAAGCGCGGUCCGAUCUUCGUCCUAACCCUAACCGGCGACGGCGAUCACCGCCUCGGCCCCGACGUCAUCGCCGCGAUCCGCGUCGCCCUCGCCACCGCCCGCAAGGAGGCCCUCUCCACUCCCGACGGCGCAGCUCUCGUCACCACCGCCCAGGGCCGCUUCUUCUCCAACGGCUUCGACCUCGGCUGGGCCAACGCUGCGGGCUCUCCCUCCGCCGCCCGCGCUCGGCUCGAAUCCAUGGUCUCGCUUUUCGCCCCCGUUGUCGCCGAUCUCCUGACCCUGCCGAUGCCCACCAUCGCGGCCAUCACCGGCCACGCCGCCGCAGCGGGGUUUGCGCUGGCGAUGAGUCACGAUCAUGUGCUGAUGCGCGAGGAUCGAGGGGUCGUGUACAUGAGCGAGAUGGAUCUAGGGUUGCCGUUCCCGGAGUACUUCAUGGUGCUGAUGAGGUCGAAGAUUGUGGAUCCGAGGACGCUGAGAGAUGUGGCGCUGGGGGCGAUGAAGAUCGGGGGAAAAGAGGCGAAAGAAAGGGGGAUCGUUGAUCGGGUGUACCCGGGACCGGAGGAGACGUUGGAGGCGGCGAUGAAGCUCGGGGAGCAGCUCGCCGGUAGGGGAUGGGUCGGAACCGUCUACGCGGAGACGAGGAGGGCGGCGUUCCCGGAGCUCUGUAAGGCGGUGGUGGGUGUGGAUGAUGAAGAGAAGGAGAAGGUCAUAGCCGCCUCGAAGCUCUGAUUGGAUGUACAACGUGGCGACUUGUGAUUGGCUAAUCGUACUUUUUUUUUUAAAUUUUUUUUUUUUACAUACUCUAGAGGAACUACGAUGAGAGAACUGAGAAUCAUAUAUGGUAAAAAAAAGGGUGGAGUUUCCAUU